AUGAGCAAGAGUGCUUUUGGUAAGAUAUACCACCUGCUGAAGGAGGCUCCCAUCGCCAACGCUGAUCGAUACCCCCUAGAAACGAUGUCGAACGCUCCCGAAGACUUCAGCAUCCGAUCUCCGGUUCCUCAAUACCAGGCAAUGCAUACUCCCGCAUCAACUGCUAUUAGCAGUUCCGGAACUGCUGGGCCCAACGUCAAAUACUGCCACGUCGUCCACUGUAACCAUGGAGAAUCUCUCGGUGAAGGCUCCAGGGCCAACAUCGUGCCCGUUGCUCUCGUGAAGAGAUGGCCCGCCUUGAUUGAGUGCCCUGCUUGCAAGGGAGUCAUUCCCACCACCACCGACUAUACCAUUGGCAAAGGAACGCAUUGGAUGGCCGUCAUGCUCUUCUGCACCACCGGGGUUGGCGUGUUCGCUCCGUACGCCAUGAGGCCAUUCAAGGACGUCGUUCACAGCUGCCAGCGCUGCGGACGCAAGGUAGCAACUCGUCGAUUCGGCGGAGGUACCAAGGCGCAUCUUAUGUGA